AUGCACAGUCGUUAUGUGGUGGACCCGAAACAGCCUGGCCACUGCCCGUCAGUUCCGUCUGGCUUGGAGCAUGCCAAUGGCUCUGUGUCUCUCAGCGGCCUAGCUGCCAUUAUCAGGGUGUGGUCAGAGGCACGGCUAAAUCGAAAGUUAGUCUUAGCACAUGCAAUGGCAUCAGGUGAAUCUGAUGCAUUGAUUGAUCCUGAUGCAGCAGAGGAGAAGUUGCUGUCUAAUGAAGAGUUGCUGAAUAGAGCUGUUAAAGUCCAUCAUAGAAGGGCAAGAAGAGAUGUCGAAUCAGAAAUCAAGUAUCUUGAGAUGGCCAUCUUCUGCUCAGCUACCAUGAUAAGUAGAUAUGGAGGCAUCAAUUCAGCCUUUGUACGAGCAUUGGACAUUGUCAACCAAGCUGACCUGUAUUUCAAACCAAUGGAUGUUCGUCUCGUUACAACUUACAUUGAGCUCUGGGAUGGAGGCAAUGAACGCAUCACCAUCGCGGACAAUCUCCAUGUCACCUUAGAGAACUUUUAUCAGUAUGUAGAGGCAAAUGUCUCGGACACAGUGCGGUUUGAUGCUGCCCACUUGGUGCUGGGAACCAGUGUCAUAAGUUCUUUAUCUUACUAUGGCACUAGCAAGCAGAACUCUAUCUGUACUAGGAAAGCUGUUUCCUUGUCGCAGGAUUUCUCAGAUUCAUUGACACCUGCCAUUUUGGCUCAUGACGUCGGUCAUAAUUUGUAUAUCUACAAUGAUGACUUCUACACAAGAGGCUCCAAAGUCAACAACAAGCAAGAAUCUCUAGCUCAUUCUGUUGGGUUUGGAGAGUUGUUAGGGGGUCAUGUAGCCUUGGUCAUGGUCAAGGCAUUUGUCAUUCGUCACCAGCUGCUUGAAAUCAAAGUGAAGAGCAACCUCAGGAAUUGGGAUCCUAAACCUCCAACUGAGUUCUCUGAAUGCAGCAUUGAAGCAUUUGAGGAUCAUCUCAGAGCCGGAUUCUAUCCAUGUCUCUUCAAUGUACCCCAGCCAGAUGAGCUGGUGACCUUCAGAACUUGUGGUAAUGGAAUUGUGGAACCGUCAGAGACAUGUGACUGCGGAACGCCAGAGUUCCUGCCUGCUACAACAUUGUGUAGAGAGAGGAUAAAUGAAUGUGACAUCCCUGAGAUGUGUUCUGGCACCCUUGGCAGUGGGUAUUGCUACAAUGGACAUUGCCCAACAAGAGACAAUCAGUGUGAGGACAUUUGGGUAACAGGUGCUACAUCUGCUGAAGUGUGCCUGCCUCUUAAUAACUUAGCUGCUUUCCCGUUUGGUCAUUGUGGCUACACCAUUGGUGACCAGCUCUUGUAUUCGGACUGCUCAAGUGCAGAGGCACUUUGGGUUUUGGAUCUUAGCCAAGCUGAUGCUGUCAAUCCUUCAGAUGUGGUUGAUGGUACAAAGUGCGAUGAUGGAAUGGUUUGCAUGGGUUUCAAUUGUGUUUCUUUGGAGUCUAUUGGUCUACCACCCUGCCCGACCAACGUAGAGGGUGCUGUCUGUUCAGGCAACGGGGUAAGUGUCUUUUGA